AUGGCUUCACAGAAUGGGCGCGAAUCCAAGGAUGGUCUCACGCAAGGAGGUGGGAGUGGUUCCACCGCGAACGGCGCACCGCUACAAGGACAGCAACAGCAGGAGCAUUCGUGUGAAAUCUGCGGCAUGUCCGGUCUGUCGGAUGACGCGAUGCGUGACCAUACGCGACAAUACCACGUGGAGGGAAGUGCACAAUGUCCGUUCUGUGGGUUGUCCGGUGUACCGGCAGCCGAGCUACUGCUCCAUGUGAACCAAGCUCACCUGGACUACCUUACGCCCGAGAAUGAACUGAUGAGCUUCAUCGACGAUCAAACACCAAGCUUUUGCAGUGUCGACGGUGAUUCGGAUUCCAUCUCCGACUGCCGCGGUUUAUCGCCCUCGAUUACAUCUGAGCUGUUGACACCGAUGUCAACUAGUGGAAUGAAGGCGGGUUUCAAUGGCAGUACCAUCACCACCAUUACCACCACUACCAGCAGCAGCAGUAGUGGCCACGGUAUGAUGCUGACCAGCGGUAGUGGAAGUUUCACCACCAUUUCGUCCAAUACGGGAAGCUACAGCAAUCAUCAUCAGGCAUCUUCCCAUCAACCGGGUUUGACACAAACGCAUCACAACGGAACCAAUGGUGUGCCGUUGACAGGGAAGAUGAUUGGAAGCUCGUCAACCGCUGCUAGUAGUAGCAGCAUGAGUAGCAGCCGAUCAAGUUUGGGAAGUAGUAGCACUAAUCUAAGUAACGGAUUACCGAACGGUACCACAUUGACGGGGCACAGUUCGAAUGGGAAAUCUACCAGUCAACACUACCACUUUCCCGACGUUACGAUCGCAUCCGGUAGUAAUGGAUGUAUUGCUGGUGAAACACACACAAAUGGUACGGCAGCAACUGGUGGAACUAGUGGUCCUGUGAUGAAUGGUGGCGGUGCCGGCUGUACCACACCAGCUGGAGCCGGUGCUGGUGGACAAGGUUCUCCGCUAAGAUCACAGCUAGGAUUGAAGCUUAAGUCACACAAGCCAAACUCCUUUAGCAUCGCCACAACCGGCUCGGAAGUGGCUAAUGGUGGACCGGAUGUGAAAGGAGCCGGUGCGAUUUGUCCAGCCACCAUGACGAUUACAACGAUGGCUACCACGAUCACAACGAAACAAGCGAGUCCUCUGCAGUGUCUGCUGUGCCCGUAUACUUCCGACAACCCGACGGUGUUAGAGGAACACAUUAACCGUUCACACUUUGAUCCGCUCAGUCCGGGUGUGAAUGGGGCGGGUGGUGGUGGUGGCCCGGGUGGCGGUGGAGCAGCAGGUGGAAGUGGGCAACACGUGGACACGCUCAGUGUUUUACAGUGUCCCAUCUGCAAUCGAACGUUUGAGUCGGGUUCGGAUCUCGAACUGCACGUAAACAUCGAACACCGGGACAUUCUAAGUCCUGCCAAGGCAGACAGUGGUCGGGCUACGAACGGGACACCGUCCGGUGCUGCAGCACACAAUGGCAGUUAUGGCGGUAGUAGCAGUAGCCUCUGUCCGGUGUGUGGCAUUUCGUUCGAUCACAUGAAAACCCAGGACAUGGAGUACCACAUCGAGAAACACUUUUCGAAAAGUCCACAAAAUCCGUACCAGGGUGGCGCUGUUGGAGGUGGAGGUGGUAAUAAUCCUUCCGGUGUAGCGGUGGAUCUAGAAAAGCAAGCGCAAAAGUUGCGCGAACAGCGUGAAUUUGAAAUGUUGCGCGCUCAGUACGGUAUGGAUGAUCAGGGUAAUUUCCGCGAGCAAUCGGCAGCCGCUAUGCAGCGCGCAGUAUAUGCGGGUGAGAUGAGUGUGGCGGAUUACUACGAGCGACAAGUUGGUUUGCGGGCAGCUGAAUCUCAUGGUGUAGAUGAUGGUUCGUCUUGCACGAAAUCGGUGUCACCGCGUGUACUGUCGCUGUCAUCCACUUCACCAAACGUGAUCAAAACGUACGUCUGUUCGAGUGUAGAUCACUAUGCGUCCAGCUACGGCGAUAAGGGAUGGGGCUGUGGCUACCGGAACUUGCAGAUGAUGCUCUCCUCAUUGCUACAGAACACCUCGUACAACGAAGCUCUCUACUCUGCCUGGGGAUCGCAUGGGCCGGCACGAACAGCUAUGCCCAGCAUUUCUCGGUUGCAACGUAUGGUAGAGGCAGCCUGGGCACAAGGUUUCGACAUUCAAGGUUCGGAACAACUUGGUUGUAAGCUUUAUAACACACGCAAAUGGAUUGGUGCAACGGAAAUUGUGACCGUUCUGUCGUGGUUGCGUAUCCGGUGUGAAUUGGUCGAUUUUCACCGGCCCACCUCAGCUGAUGGGCGCCACCCGGAGCUUUUUAAUUGGGUGCUGCGCUACUUCGAAGAACCGCGCAUACAUACGCCUCCAUUGUACCUGCAGCACCAAGGUCACUCACGCACAAUAAUAGGAAUCGAACAGCGAACGUCGGGUUUGUCUUUGCUGGUACUCGAUCCAAGCCAUGGUCCUCGGCAAGUUGCAGCACUCGGCUCGUCACAGGAUUCGUUACGCUUGAUUCGCAAAAACUCUGCGGCGAUGCGUGCUCCACAAUACCAAGUCGUGGCAGUAAAGGGACUGAUCGACACCGAGGAUCAAUAUCAGGCUAGCAAAGUGUUGAAAUCAUUACGAAUUCCCCCUGACCGUUGA